GAAAGGAAAAAAAAAUUUCCCUGCAACUCCACUCCUGGGAGCAGAAUUCUAUUCCCCGAGCAGUAGGCAGAAAACCAACUGCCGGUUCCCUCUCCUCCCCUUGGGAAACCCAGAGUGGAGAAUGAGGCAGGUAUUUCGUGGUAGCAGCAGCAGCAGGAGCAAAACCCAGCCUACCGUUCUGUGGUGGAGCUCAUGGUACUCAAAGUUCAGCCGGUACUAAGCGGAGAGAGCGACUGAGAGUGCUCUAUCCCGAGUGAGGAGAGAAGGAUUUGGACUUUGCUGCGCUCUCAGUCUGUAGCUCACAGCGUCCAUUAAAAGCGGGGAAAAUAAGAGGAGGUGAAGCACAGCUAUGAGUAGCCCCAGCUCCAAGCCAACAUGCUUGUCUCAGCCUGUGGUGAAGAGUGUGAUGGUGUAUCGCAAUGGAGAUCCAUUCUUCCAAGGGCGCCGUGUGGUUAUCCACGAGAAGAAAGUGUCUAGUUUUGAUGUCUUUCUGAAAGAGGUAACAGGUGGGGUAAAUGCCUCCUUUGGGGCAGUGCGGAAUAUCUACACCCCUCGUGGUGGGCAUCGCAUCAGGCAACUGGAUGAGAUCCAGAGUGGAGAGCAUUAUGUUGCUGGGGGCAGGGAAGCCUUCAAAAAAUUAAACUACUUGGACAUUGGAGAGCUAAAGAAAAGGCCUAUAGAGAUGAAUAAUGAGUUAGCAGUGGAAAAUGUAAAGCCAGUUACCCACAGUAGAAUCAAUGUGUCAGCACGGUUUCGAAAACCUCUUCAAGAGCCAUGCACUGUUUUCCUGAUUGCUAAUGGUGACCUCAUAAGCCCAGCAGUGCGUCUUUUCAUCCCAAGAAAAACGCUGAAUCAAUGGGAGCAUGUUCUUGAAAUGGUUACUGAAAAAGUUACCCUCAGAAGUGGAGCUGUGCAUAGGCUCUACACUUUAGAUGGAAAACCUGUUGAGAAUGGGUUGGAUUUGGAAAAUGGGCAGUUUUAUGUCGCGGUUGGCAGAGACAAAUUUAAGAAGUUGCCGUAUAGUGAAUUACUGUUCAGCAAGUCCACAGUAAGAAGAUCUUAUGGUUCAAAAUCAUCCUCACUACCUCCUGUUGGUGGAUCUGGAAAGUCUAAGGGGAGUUCCAAAUCUACUGAUACAGGAGACACAUCCUCUCCUCAGCCUCCAAAGAGAAAGGAAAAGCGUGGACAGGAUCAGGACCCCAAAAAACCUGUAAAAUCAAAUGAAACUGUAAAAGUAGUGACCAAAUCUUAUGUUCUCUCAGAUAAUGACGAGGGUGUUUACAAGGUUGGCAAAAAGCGAUCUGAAAUGCGGGGGGCUGUGGAAGUCCAGGAAGAUGAAGAAACCCGAACUGAGGUCCCAGUGGACCAGCGGCCAGCAGAAACUGUGGAUGAGGAAGAAAACAUAGGAGCAGAACAUAAAGCUCAACAUCAAGAAGACUAUGCAGCAAUGAAUGGGGAGGCCGAUCAGGGUGGAGAAACUGGGGAGACCAUCCAUGGAGGCAGUAAUGAGGAGCAGGAAGGUCUCGACCAACCUGUCCAAGAGGAACCUAGUCAUGCAUAUGGUGGAACAAAUGAAGAAAAUGGUGAGCACAUGGAUCUCAAUGGCCAUGAAGAAGAAUCAAAAGAAGGUACUGAUGAUCAAAUCCAGGCUGAUUCCAAUUAUGAAAAACCUUCAGCUCCAAGAGUCACCAUUACCAGUCCACAGGAAAGUGAAAAAAAUGAACAAACCAAUGAGUACGCUGCAGUAGCAUAGACCUAUUUCAAAGGACCUAGGUUCGCAGAAAAUGAAGAAUUUUAUAUUUGGAAGGCAGAGCAUCUUUUUCUGAGCUUGAUUAAUUUAUAAUGUGACAAUAAGGUGGAAUUUCCCCUCUUGAGUCCUGAUGUAAUAAUGUGGUAUCCAGUACUUAGUUGAUUAUAUGAAUGUUUAUUAAGAAGAAAACUGAAUUAUAGUCCCAAUAUUUGGUCUUUCCCUUAUGUGAAUGCUAGGGAAAACUUAAUAAACAGAAUGUUGAAUAUUGAACUAGCCCCUAUGUAUGCUCACAAAAGAAGUGGUUAGCAGUUCAUUUAGAAAGAUUAUUUUUGUGAUUUUUUUUAAAGAUGGAAAAUCUGUAAUAUUUUUAUAGCUGAAUAAAUAUCUAUGAAUAUGA